AUGAGGACUUUUAUUAGACAGUUGAGCAACACCAAUUACAGAUCAGGAAUUAUGACGUUUGCUCACAAGCCAGUUAAAUCCGCAGGAUGCUUAAUUAUUGGUGAUGAAAUCUUGAAUGGGAAAAUUAUGGAUACAAAUUCAUACAAUUUUGCUAGGUUUUGCUUCAGCGAUUUAUCAAUUCCAUUAAAGAGAACCAUAGUUUGUGGUGAUGAUUCCCAAGAUAUCAAGACAUCUUUAAACAACUUACUAACACAAGACGAUGUUGAUUUUCUUGUUACUUCUGGAGGGUUGGGUAGUACACACGAUGAUAUCACUUAUGAGGCUAUUAGCCAAUACUUCAAAUUGGAAUACAGCUUAGACCAGGAAGUUGUUGACCGGAUGCAGUCCCUUCGUAAGGAUUACUUGUCCACAUUGGAUAAGGAGCAAUUGGAUGCGUUUUAUAGAAUGGCUACUUUGCCCACUACUACUGCCUCCUCGAACUCGGGGAUUAAAGUGGAGAAAAUAUAUUCCAGUGAUAAAAUGUGGUUUCCUAUAGUUGUUAUUGAUGAAAAAGUUUUCAUAUUGCCUGGUGUUCCACAACUAUUUGUCCAAUGCUUGCCUACAAUCAAAACAUAUUUACAUCCACGACUCGAUUCCGCAAAAUUAAUACGGAGAUACGUAGUGACCAAGACUGGUGAAAGCCAUUUGGCUCCAUAUCUUGGUAAGUUGCAAAUACAAUGCAAUGGAAAGUUUGGCGAUGGGGCUGUAAAAUUGGGGAGUUACCCUCAUUUGGAUUCUCAUUUGAACACUAUAAGUGUCAUUGGAAGCGGGUUAAAAUCCAAAUCGGAUCUAGAUUGGGUAAUUGGUGAUUUAUUGGAGAAUGUUAAAGGUCAGUGUAAAGAGAUAUCUCAAGACGAAGAAGAUACACUUAGCUAA